AUGGGCACAUGUACACGUAUGCGCACGCGCUCAGUCAUUCUGACCUCGGCCAGUUUGGUUAGAUCUGCUGAUGAUGGAGAUGAGAUUGACAAGAACUUGAGGGUUGGUGUUCCUAAUCUUCUCCCUGUUUGGUCUUUUAAGCUAGUGCAUGAUGUGAUGUUAACAGGGCUCACUGUACAAUUGCAGAUUGAGGUAUUUCUUCCACCAAAUCAACGCGCCUACGGGAGACUAGAAUUGUAUCAUUUGAAUUAUAACAUUGCUAUCAUCAGCGUUGAGAAGAGUUUCCUUGCUGCUCGCCCAGAAAAUAUUUUCUACACGGUAGAAAAGCCAUCUAAAAAUGUAGUAGCCAUAGGGCGUGAAGCUGCAGAGGGUUUAUUAUUGGCGACAUUCGGUGAAGUGACUGACAUGCCUAACAUGUAUCCUAGUGAACUUGAUUGUGGAGACCUUAAGCUGUCCACUUGUAAAAUCAAGAAGGUUGGGAUUGGAGGCCCACUGAUUAACUCUGAUGACGGGAGUUUGGUUGGCUUGAACUUUUAUGAUGAUACGGACGAAACUCCUUUUCUGCCAAGGAGUAAAAUUGUUGAUGUCUUAAAAGGGAUUGAUCUUCCAUCACAAAGUGGAUUAAACAGUCCCGUGAACAUGAUGAAUGACUCAACAGUUAAGAAAAACAGGUGGCUCGUGCCCGAGGCAUACUGGUAUCAUCCUCUAUUGGAUAAGGAUUGGGAUCCAAUCCCUCGACAUGUUGGAAGGGUUCUCCAGUAG